CUAUAAAUAGUACUAGUGGUGCACAAUGAGUUUUGUGCGGAUUUUUCUCCACUCACUAAGUAUUGCAAAUGGAGGUUGUUUUUUCAGUUUUGUUAGUGAUAUUGAUAAUGGGUUUUCGUGUACAAGGCCAAGGAGGAUUGGAAACAGGGUUCUAUUCUUCUUCUUGCCCAAAAGCAGAGGAAAUAAUCAGGGCCACUGUUGAAGCACACUUCAAUAAAGAUCCGACCAUUGCAGCUGGCUUGCUUAGGCUUCAUUUCCAUGACUGUUUUGUUCAGGGCUGCGAUGGUUCCAUUUUGAUAACAGGAGCUUCUGGUGAGAGGAAUGCAUUGCCAAAUCUUGGUUUAAGAGGGUUUGAAGUAAUUGAUGAUGCAAAAACACAGAUAGAGGCCUUGUGCCAGGGAGCUGUCUCCUGUGCUGACAUACUAGCAUUGGCUGCCCGUGAUGCUGUUGUCUUGAGUGAUGGACCAAGUUGGGCAGUGCCAACAGGAAGAAGAGACGGCAGGAUCUCUUCCAAAGCUGAAGCCUCAAAUUUACCUUCUCCUACAGAUUCCAUUGCAGUUCAGAGGCAGAAAUUUAUGGCUAAAGGCCUAGAUGACCAUGACCUUGUUACACUAGUUGGAGCACAUUCCAUCGGCCAAACAGAUUGUUUGUUCUUCAGAUAUCGUCUAUACAACUUCACAACCACAGGCAAUGCAGAUCCAACCAUUAAUCAAGCAUUCUUACCACAGCUACAAGCAAUUUGCCCCAAAGAUGGUGAUGACUCAAAACGCGUGGCCUUGGACAAAGAUAGCCAGUUCAAAUUCGACGCAAGUUUCUUCAAGAAUGUGCGCGAUGGCAACGGAAUUCUAGAGUCGGACCAGAGGCUCUUGGGAGAAGCUGCAACUGGUAGAAUCGUUCAGAACUAUGCAGGCAGCAUAAGAGGGUUGUUGGGAUUGAGAUUUGAUUUGGAGUUUCCAAAGGCUAUGAUCAAAAUGAGUGGCAUUGAGGUGAAGAUUGGGGCACAGGGGGAAAUUCGGAAGAUGUGCUCAAAGUUCAACUAGGUAGAAAAUGGGAAGAGUUGUAAGAUGCAUAAUGUGUGUGAAAACUUGUAAAAAGGUUUCAUCAAAGUAAUGAAGAAGGCAAAAUUAAAUA